CACACUCACGGGCGGAGGUAGUACAGGAGACUACGCCGUGCGGUUAGUGAUUUCAAUUGAACCGUUUUGUCUUUCUAUUGCAAGUUUGGGACGACAUUUAAUGCGGUGGUACUGGAGUGCGCGCCGGCGGUGCCAGGCGACCCGCCUGCCCUCCGAACCGGACCAGUUUCACCUUUGAAAUCGCAUUUCGUUUUCGUUUCGUGUGUCCUGUUCUAGUCAAUGGCGCAGCCCGUGAGGAUGCAUGGAACACCGUUGUAUCGUCUCGGGCGCUCGGAAGCCACUGAAAAGAUCGAUGGACAUUAUGCACUGGAUGUACUCGGCUUUGUUGUUGUUGUCGCUACGCGCCUUCGGAUCGGUGAACCCGUGAGGACUUCGGCACAAUGCAUGGGAAUCGGUGAAGCAUGCGGGGCGAUCACCAUGUUGCCAGGAUAAAACAAAAUGAUGAUGAUUGCUCUCAAUGAAAACAAGGAGGAGGGGUCUAGCUGCAGCAGCACCACCACCAUGGCUGAAAACGAGAACAAUCUGAAGACGGCCAGGUUAUGGAGGGAUGCGGCGCUGCGCUCGAGAAAGCUGCGGAGUAACCUGCGCCAGCUCACCCUCAGCACAACAAAAAACAGCCAAAAAAUCACGCUGCCCGAGAACAUCAAGGACAUCGAGGUGCUGAACGUGGGUAACAACUGCCUGGUGGAACUCCCCGAGGGGCUGGGGUCUACGCUGACGAAGCUGCGUAUCCUCAUCCUACGGCGGAACAAGUUCGCCACGGUGCCCCAGGCAGUGUUCCAGCUCUGUCAGUUGGUGGAGUUGGACAUUAGCCACAAUUGCCUGGGCCAUUUUUCAGAGGACAUUGUGCUGCUGAAGGGCCUGAAAAAGCUCUGCAUCAGCCACAACAAGAUCCAGUAUCUGCCCUCGGGAAUCGGCGCCCUCCAGGGUCUGGAGGAGCUGGAUAUCAGCUUUAAUGAGCUCCACGAUUUUCCCAGGUCCUUCACGCAGCUCCGGAAGCUCCGCACGCUGGACGCGGACCACAACAAGCUCCACCACUUUCCCCUGGAGAUCCUGGCUCUCAGCGACCUGGAGGAGCUGGAUUGCUCCGGGAAUAAGUUCGAGUGUCUCCCCAACAACGUCAUGACGUUGGAGUCCAUCAAAAUCCUGUGGCUUAGCAACACGCUGAUCUCUUCUCUGCCAGAGACCUUUUGUGACCUGCGAAACCUGGAGAGCCUGAUGCUGGACGGCAACGUGCUGACUGCACUGCCUCACUCCUUUGGGAAGCUGCAGAGGCUGAAGAUGCUCAACCUCUCCUCGAAUCUGUUUGAGGAGUUUCCCCAGGUCAUCCUCAAGAUCGCGGCUCUGGAGGAGCUGUACUUGAGCAGGAACAGGCUGACGUUUCUCCCCGAGCAGCUGGGCCUGCUGACGAAGCUGGCCAACUUGUGGCUGGACAAUAACAUGAUCACCUUCCUGCCCGACUCCAUCGUGGACUUGGAGAGGCUGGAGGAGCUUGUUUUACAGGGUAACCAAAUCGCCAUUCUUCCGGACAACUUUGGAAAGCUGGCCAAAGUGAACAUUUGGAAGGUGAAGGACAACCCCCUCAUACAGCCUCCCUACGAGGUCUGCAUGAAGGGGAUCCCGUACAUCGCGGCCUACCAGAAAGAGCUGGCCAACUCGCAGCCCGCCGUGAAGCCCAGGUUAAAACUGGUCCUAAUGGGCCAGAAGAACGCGGGCAAGACGUGCCUCAGGCGGUGCGUGGUUCGCAAAGCGCAAGAUGCAAAGACGCCGGCUGCAGGAAGCAGCAACAACAAGGGCAUCGACGUCACGAACUGGGUGGCAGACGCCGACAGAAGCCUGACCUUUAUAGUAUACGACCUCUCUGGACUGCCAAACUACGACCUGAUCAAGCCCUUCUUCUUGUCACCGGGCGCUCUGUACAUCCUGGUGGUGAACCUGAAGACCUACACGCCCAGGGGCUUCAAGGAGCACGUCGGCUACUUCCUCCACCUGCUGAGCGCCAAAGUGCCCCACGCCGUGGUUCUCAUGGUGGGCACGCACACGGACCUGUGCGAGGAGGCGGAGCUGGAGGAAAAGUGCCUGGACAUCCACCGGCAGAUCUGGCUGCAGGAACGCCGGCACGCGGACAGCCUGCGCAGCCUGGCCGAGCAGGUGGACGAGGCGCUGGCGCUGGGCUACGAUGUGCGCACCUCCAGCCCCCACGUGCUCUUCUACGGCGUCUCGGACCGCAACCUGCGCCGCAAGAAGGCCCAGCUGCAGUACCUGCUCAACCACCGGCUGCAGAUCCUGUCGCCGGUGCUGCGCGUCUGCUGCAAUGUGGACGCGGAGGGCACAGAGCGAGGCAACCGCAACGUCGAGCGGCUGAAGGAGAAGCUCAUGUCGGUGGCCGACCACCGGGAGAUCUUCCCCAACCUGCACCGCGUCCUGCCAAAGUCCUGGCAGAUGUUGGAGGAGCUGCAUUGCAAGCCGCGCGAGCUGUGGCUGUCGUGGUGGGACUCGGCGCGCCUGGGCCUGCAGGCCGGCCUGACCGAGGACCGUCUGCAGAGCGCGCUCUCCUACCUGCACGAGAGCGGCAAGCUGCUGUACUUCGAGGACAGCGCCACGCUCAAGGAGUACGUCUUCCACAACCUGCCGCGCUUCAUCGCCAUCCUCAACGUCUUCUUCCAGCGCGACGCGGCCGCCAUGCUGGAGCGCCUCCUGGCCGAGUCGGCGUCGUCGGACGUCCUGCACUGCGGCGACGACCCCGUGCGCACGUCCCAGAUGAAGCACCUGGCCGAGGGCUUCCUCCAGAACGGCCUGCUGCCGUCCAACGUGAUCCGGCUCCUCCUGCAGCCGCUGGUGCAGACGCAGCAGGACCUGACGCUCAUCAUGGAGCUGCUGGAGAAGAUGGGCGUGUGCUACUGUGUCAACAAGCCGCGCGCCAAGCCGCUCAGCCUCAACGGCGCCACCCUGUGGUACAAGUUCCCCAGCCACGUCAGCAACGAGGAACCCCACGCGGCAGGGCAGGACUGGUGGAAUAGCGGCAGCAGCAACGGAGCUGGACCAGGUUCAGGUUCCGGAUCCGGGUCUGGAACGUCGUCCCCGUCGCCCGGCUCGGGCCAGAUCUUCUCGGUGGAGCAGCUCCAGAUUGAGUACAGCUUCCCUUUCCUGUUUCCGCCGGGCCUGUUCGCGCGCUACAGCGUGCAGAUUAACGCGCACGUGGUGCAGCGCUCGGACAGCCGCCACCAGAUCUUCGCCUACCGCGGCAAGGUGCCCGUGGUGGUGAGCUACCGGCCGGCGCGCGCCCGCCUCCAGCCGGACGUGCUGUCCGUCGCCAGCUACGCCUCGCUGCCCAACAUCUGGACGGCGUGGCAGGCGGUGACGCCGCUGCUGGAGGAGCUGAACGCCCUGCUGCAGGAGUGGCCGGGACUCUACUACUCCGUGCACGUCCUGUGCUCCAAGUGCCUCAAGCGCAGCUCGCCCAGCCCACAUUCCUUCCCAGGCGAGCUACUGAGUCAGCCCCGCCCAGAGGGCCUGACCGAGAUCAUCUGCCCCAAGAACGGCUCCGAGCGGGUCAACGUGGCCCUGGUCUACCCCCCCACCCCCACCGUGCUCAGCCCCUGCCUCAAGUGACUCUCCCCUGUGGCCCCCACUGUGGCCUGUGACCCCCACACCACACCGCCCUUCCCUCACUCCUGAAGAGCCCUAGAGGUGUGGGGGGGGCCUCACAC